GUACUAGAUUUUGACAACAACCUCACACCAUGCGUGAGUAUAAGCUAGUGGUUCUUGGCGCAGGAGGUGUUGGAAAGUCUGCUCUGACCGUGCAGUUCGUUCAAGGAAUUUUUGUUGAAAAAUAUGAUCCAAGAAUAGAAGAUUCUUAUAGAAAGCAAGUUGAGGUAGAUGCACAACAGUGUAUGGUCGAAAUCUUGGAUACUGCAGGAACGGAACAAUUUACAGCAAUGAGGGAUUUGUAUAUGAAAAAUGGACAAGGCUUUGCAUUAGUUUAUUCCAUCAUUGCACAGUCCACAUUUAAUGAUUUACAAGAUCUGAGAGAACAGAUUCUUCGAGUAAAAGACACCGAUAAUGGUCCAAUGAUUCUGGCUGGCAGUAAGUGUGACUUGGAGGAUGAAAGAGUUGUAGGAAAGGAGCAAGGUCAAAAUCUAGCAAGACAAUGGAACAACAAUGCAUUCUUAGAAUCUUCUGCAAAAUCAAAAAUAAAUGUUAAUGAGAUCUUUUAUGACCUAGUACGGCAAAUUAACAGAAAAACUCCAGUGCCUGAGAAGGCCCGCAAAAAGACAUCAUGUCAGCUGCUUUAAUGCACUAAAUGCAUUGUAGCUCUGAGCCAGGUCUGAAGAAC